CAUCUACCUUUUUACUAUAAAUAAAAUCUAUGACAAAAUAUGGCAAAAUAUUUCUUCUGGACAAUGGAAUUAACAGCAACAAUUUGAAGUCCUUGCUAUCUGGAAUAUAGAGGAGAUGAUUGCUUUACAGGUUAAUUAUGCUUGGAUAACUUUACAAAGGCAUAGACAAUUGUCACCUCAUGAUUUAGAUAUUAAGCAAAAUCUCAGAGGAAAGAAACGGCAUUAAAUUAUUCCCUAAAAAUAGUGAUACAACUGAACACAAACAUUCUCAUAGAAAUAAAAUACACACUAUCAUUGUGAUAUGUAUGACAAGUUAUCCUCUCAUGAUGAAUCAUUUAACUAAAGCAAACAACCCUGAUACAGGUGAGAAAACAUAUCACUCUAAUACCUGUAGUAAAUCAUUCUCUAAAAGUGGUGUCUUCACUACACAUACGGGAAAGAAAGCAUAUCAUUGUGAUAUCUGUGGUGAAUCAUACUCUUGUAAUAGUCAGUUGACUAUUCAUAAACGUGUUCAUACAGGUGAGAAGCCAUAUCAUUGUGAUAUCUGUGAAUAUCACAUCCUGUUGACAUAAAAGAAAUUACUUCAUUCAGAUGUGCCUUUGAUAGUUUUAUCAACUUUUAUUGACUAAAGAAAGACGAUAUAUUUAUAAGGAGCAUUCAUCAAUACAUCUACCUUUUUACUAUAAAGAAAAUCUACGACAAAAUAUGGCAAAAUAUUUCUUCUGGACGAUGGAAUUAACAGCAACAAUUUGAAGUCCUUGCUAUCUGGAAUAUAGAGGAGAUGAUUGUUUUAUAGGUUAAUUAAGCUUGGAUAACUUUACAAAGGCGUAGACAAUUGUCACCUCAUGAUUUAGAUAUUAAGCAAAAUCUCAGAGGAAAGAAACGGCAUUAAAUUAUUCCCUAAAAAUAGUGACAAAACUGAACACAAACAUUCUCAUAGAAAUGAAAUACACACUAUCAUUGUGAUAUGUAUGACAAAUUAUCCUCUCAUAAUGAAUCAUUUAACUAAAGGAAACAACCCUGAUACAGGAGAGAAAGCAUAUCAUUGUGAUAUCUGUGGUGAAUCAUACUCUUAUAAUAGUCAGUUGACUAUUCAUAAACGUGUUCAUACAGGUGAGAAGCCAUAUCAUUGUGAUAUCUGUGGUAAAUCAUUCUCUCAAAGUGGUGCCAUGACUAUACACAAACGUACACAUACAGGUGAGAAGCCCUAUCAUUGUGAUAUCUGUGGUAAAUCAUUCUCUAUGAGUGUUGCCUUAACUAAACAUAAGCGUACACAUACAGGAGAGAAGCCCUAUUGUUGUGAUAUUUGUGGUAAAUCAUUCUCUCGGAGUGGUCACUUGACUAAACACAAACUUACACAUACAGGAGAGAAGCCAUAUCAUUGUGACAUUUGUGGUAAAUCAUUCUCUCAGAGUUUUACCUUGACAAGACACAAAAUUACACAUACAGGCGAGAAGCCAUAUCAUUGUGAUAUUUGUGAUAAAUCAUACUCUUCAAGUAGUCACUUGACUUGUCACAAACGUGUUCAUACUGGAGAAAGACCAUAUCAUUGUAAUAUCUGUGGGAAAUCUUUCUCUAAAAGUGGUGACUUGACUAGACACAGAAUUACACAUACAGGAGAGAAGCCAUAUCAUUGUAAUAUUUGUGGUAAAUCAUUCUCUCAAAGUAGUGACUUAACUAAACACAAACGUGUUCAUACAGGAGAAAAGCCAUACCACUGUGAUAUCUGUGGUAAAUCAUACUCUUAUAAUAGUCAGUUGACUAUUCACAAACGUUUUCAUACAGGAGAAAAGCCAUAUCAUUGUGACAUCUGUGAUAAAUCAUUCUCUCGAAGUUGUAACUUGCAUGAACACGAACGUACACAUACAGGAGAGAAGCCAUACCACUGUGAUAUCUGCGGUAAAUCAUACUCUGGAAAUAGUCAGUUGACUAUUCACAAACGCAUUCAUACAGGAGAUAAGCCAUAUCAUUGUGACAUCUGUGGUAAAUCAUUCCCUCAAAAAGGUAACUUAAGUAGACAUUUGAGUAUUCAUUCACAAGUGUAACCGUAUCAAUAUCAAAACUUAUUACAUGCCAAUAAUUAUGAAUAUUUUGUUCAAGCUUGACAUUAUCAACUUCAAUUCCAUUACUGUUACUAUGAAAUUCAUGAAUCACAACUUCAAUAUCAUUUAUAUAUCUAAAUAUAUCAACACAGUGAUGACUUUGAUUGCCAAUGAGGAUUUUGCUAGAUUUUUGAGGAAUUUGUGAUAAGAGAAUAAAGGAAUGGGAAUAAGGAAUAAAAGUUUUAAGUGACAUUCA